UCCAUACAUUUCAACUUCAACUUCGUUUUUCUCCAUCGCUGAAAAUGAGCAGUUCAGAGAACGUGUUUGCAGAGGUGAUUGAAGUUGCAAAGUUCAUUGAUGAAUUUCGCGGUCACUACUUUGCCCUGCCAAGCUACCAGGAAAAAAUCGACUUAUUGAAGGACCAAAUCGAACACGCUCUCGAAAAACUCGACGCAAUUCCUAUAGAAAAGAGAGAAUCGCAAGAUGAGGCAGCAAUGUACUUGUAUUUGAGAGGAAAACUACUGGAUGUAUCUCCUGCUUAUAAUCAGGAAGCAGAGCGUCUUCUGACGGAUGCUGUUAAGUUGAAUUCCUCUGUGGUGGAUGCGUGGAUAUGCCUAGGAACUUGUGUUUGGAAGAGAGGAGAUCUGGAUAAAGCUAAAAGUUGCUUCAACUCUGGCCUUGAACAGGAUCCGAAUAAUAAGCAACUAUUACUUCAAUUAUCAGUGCUUGAAAGAAGACAGUCCAUAAGCGAAACAGAGGUUGAGAAUCCAGUAGAAAUCAUUAACGACUGUAUCAAACAUGUCAAGGAAGCAAUCGCUCUGGAUAUCCAGGAUGGAAUAUCAUGGUACAUUCUAGGAAACGCAUGUCUCACUGCCUAUUUUGUGACGGGAUGUUGGGACAUUAAUAUGCUUCUGCAGUCACUAAAAGCAUACAAGAAUGCUCUGAAAGAUGAGAGGAUGAAGCUCAGUUCUCACAUGUGUUACAACUGCGCGAUGACGUACAAGUAUUUUGAGGACUAUGAGACGGCCCUUUCUGGAUUUGAAGCUGCUGAAUUACUGGAUCCUGAUCUUAAUGGUCUAGAGCAAGCAUUUAAUCUGUAUGAGAUUCUUGAGGGAAUAAACUCUUUCCUUCAGGAUCUGAAUGGUUCUCCAACAUCAUCGCUUCCUGCUGUUGAAUCGCUAGCAUCAUCACUUGCUUCUGUUGAUUUGAAUCCUAUAUAUGAGAAAGCUACUGUGAACCGCCUAAUUGAAGGUCCUAAUCUAAGCAAAGCAGUCACAGGAAAAGUUCUGUUUUUAGUUAAGAAUCCGAGUGAAAUUCCAAUAUACUAUGUUGUCUGUGAUUCUGACCGCACGUGCUUUGUGAUUACUGUUUAUGGCAUACGCAGCACUGCAAUCAAAGAAGAAGAUCAGGUCACACUAUUGGAUCCUUUCUACCAUAUCUUUGAUUUUGAAUCGAGAGGAAAGCACUAUCAGUUCAAGUCACUGCGGAUGGAUUUCCUGGAACAACUUCGUGUGAAUGGAGAAAUUGUGUCUCCUGAACAUGUAAUUCAUAGAUCAAUGUACCCCCAACUCAAGGAAGCAUAAGGAAUCUGUGUUCUUCUUUUACAUGUGUGUAAGGUAACAAGAAUAAUACUGCUGAUUGGUUCCACUGAGAUGGAUUUUCAUGUAAAUAGUGGUCAAGGAACAAAACUGAUCAAAUUUGCUGAAUGCUCAUCAAAUUUAUCGCUAGUCAAGCAAUAUGCAUUUUAGAGCUGUGGUAUUGUCCUUUUCAUCUUCGUUCUAAUAGUUAGUGCGAUCUUGAGUGCUUGUCUAGGCUCUUUAGCUCAGAUAUGCUGAUAUGAGAUGAGCUUUUCUUCUAUCAUAUUUUUUUUUUUGUAGUCUGUGAUUGGUGCAUUUCAAUUUGAGAUGAUUUUUUUGUCUAAGUAGAUGAUGCAUGCGAAGCAAAUGCCUAUUCUCUUUAUUGUCUUGUUGCAUACAAUCACGCGAAGCAAAUGCCUAUUCUCUUUGUUGUCUUGUUGCAUACCAUCAACCUGUCGGAACUUGAAGUUUUGUUACUUUGAAUCCUUUCAUUCUUGACCUCUCUAAGUGUAGUGCUUGCUCCAGAGAUUUUAGAAGCCAAAUACAAUGAGUUAACAGGAAGCAGAGAAUGAGGAAAACCCAUGAAAUAAACCAAUACAAGCUAUACAAAUCAACCCCCUACUGUACUAGUUUAGAUCAGGAACUGGCAUAGCAUUUAUUUCCUCUCAAACUCCGAGCUAAACUUAAAGACAAGCUCUUCUCUUUGCCCAUUUAGUGUUGCCUUAGUAACCAGUUUCUAUGAAGAUGAUCAGGAAAGCCGAUGAAUUUGUCAGUCCCAUUGGAUGAAAAAUUGUCAGCUAUUUAUUUUCAUAAUAUAGGUUUACAACAAAAUUGUUAAAAUGGAAUAAAUCGAAAUACAAAAUUGACAGACUUAUAUGAAGACCUAUUAAACCAUGUAAGGACCAAGAGCUCUGACUUCUGCCAAGGACAUUUUGCUGUACUGAAAGAACAUAAACAACAGGUCAUCUUCUUCUACUGCACUGCAUUUCGCCCUUUGACCAAAAAUAAAGUUCCGAAAA